AAGAAAUUCCCAGAUUCCAAACGCUGUGUUUGCUGUGAUUGUUGCCAAACUAAGCUGACAAGCAUGCACCUGUAGCGAAAGGUGUCCUGGGUUUUUAUAAGCAUGACAUGAAGUAACCAUGCUGACAACCCUUCUGGUUAAAGCACAUGCUGUGUUCAGCAGCCACAGCCUGUCUUGCCGACUAUUUUAACAGCAGCCAGGUUGCUGCUUAUACAGUUGGAAAGAGAGCUGGACUUGUGGUCUCGUAUUGAGAGAGCGAGAGCGAGUUAAUGAUCUUAGCGAGGAGCUGAGUUUACUGGGCUUCAUUGUAAUGCCUUCAAAUGCAUGCUGAGAAAUAGGAAGAAACACAGUCGUGUGCAUUUUAAAGGGCUGUCUCUAUUUCUAUUAAUAGAAACAAUCAUUUUCCACUACAGGUAAUUUGCUCUUUUUGUUCUUGCCACUGGAUGCACUAAUUUGUUCAAAACCCAAAUCUACUGCGUGGUGAAACGCUUAGAUCCUCCAAUCAUUUUUGCAUGAAGCUGGCAAUGUGUAAAAUGCAUUGAACCCAUGCUGUCAGUCGUUUCAUGUCUGGCUGCUUGUAUUGUACAUAAUAUUGAGUCUUUAAAAACCUACUGCGCCUGUAUGAAUGUCUAACACAGUUCUGUGAUCUCUAGUCCGGAGGCUAUUGCAGGUUUGGUGAUGCUUUCAGCUGUUGGGGGGAAAGCCCCAUCCCAACUUGGCUCCCUCAUUGUCGCUGAAAAGGGCAGCGGCAGCAUUUAUCCAGAGUGUUGCAAAAGACGUACAUAGAUUUCAUCAUGGUGGAUGGGCUGGAGAGGUUCUGAGAUGCUGGUUCUAGUGGGUUUUAUAUUCGGAAAACAGCUGUUUGUUCGGACUAUGGACCUUUACUGGGGAGGAACCAAAUGCACGCAAACAAACUGAAAAGUAAGAACUGAUUGCUGUGAAAGAGGUGCAGUAAAAACAGCUAGAGCAGCGGGUGAAGCCAGGAUGAAAGGGUUGCCUGUCUUAAGUGAAGAAAGUGGAACGUGUCCAUGAUCAUGAGUCUAAACGGAAGAGGAAGAUGGCUGAGAUUUCUCAAGCCCUGACUGCGACUCCCGUGGACGUGGCGGCGCUGAGGCGCAUGGCGAUCAGUGAGGGAGGGCUCCUGACGGACCAGAUCCGCUGUAAAGUGUGGCCCAAGCUGCUGAACAUCCAGACCGAUGACCUGCUGGACAAACCAGGAGCGGCACUGCGAGAAAACAGCAAAGAUUACCAGCAGGUGCUGCUGGAUGUGCGGCGGUCUCUGCGGCGAUUCCCACCUGGGAUGCCGGAUGAGCAGAGGGAGGGGUUGCAGGAGGAGCUCAUUGAUAUCAUCCUGCAGGUCCUGCUUGGGAACCCCCAGCUGCACUACUACCAGGGCUACCACGACAUCGUGGUCACCUUCCUGCUGGUCGUGGGAGAGAAGCUGGCCACGGCGCUGGUCGAGAAACUCUCCACACAUCAUCUCAGGGAUUUUAUGGACCCUACCAUGGACAACACCAAACACAUUUUAAACUAUCUGAUGCCCAUCAUAGAGAGGGUGAACCCAGAAGUGCAUGAUUUCAUGCAGAGGGCGGAGGUAGGCACCAUCUUUGCUCUCAGCUGGCUCAUCACGUGGUUUGGCCAUGUUCUGUCAGACUUCAGACACGUGGUCCGGUUGUACGAUUUCUUCUUGGCCUGUCACCCCUUGAUGCCAAUCUACUUUGCGGCUGUGAUCGUGCUGUACAGGGAGUCGGAGGUCCUGGAGUGUGACUGUGACAUGGCCUCUGUGCACCACCUCCUGUCCCAGAUCCCACAGGACCUGCCUUACGAGACCCUCAUCAGCCGAGCCGGAGACCUCUUCGUCCAGUUCCCCCCCUCGGAGCUGGCCCGUGAGGCCGCGCAGCAGCAGAGUCAGAGGACGGCUUUUUCAACAUUCAAGGACUUUGAGCUGGUCUCUGCACAGCAGCGUCCGGACAUAGUGCUCAGACGGCGCUUCAAGGAGCAGCCUGCCAAGGAGGCGGAGAGCAAGGUUGUGCUGGCCAGACCAAGCAGCAGUGGCUUUGUGAAGCUGGCAGUGAUGGGGCUCACAGUAGCCCUGGGUGCUGCUGCGCUGGCAGUGGUCAACACCGCACUCCAGUGGGCUCCCAAGAUCGACCUGCAGCUUUUCCCUUAACUGGAGGAAUAUGGUUUUGUGUUUUUUUUUUUUUUUUGUGUAGUCCCUUUAAAAAAAUGUCCCAGAAUGGCUUUGGGAAGACUGUGUUUGUCCUUCAUUUGAAAGGACAGUGAAUCGUUUUCUGUUGCAGCAACAAUGUCUGGAACUGCCUUUCAUUUCCUUUGCCGUUUCCAGAGGCUCGGAUUUCUUCUCCUCGUGUUUUAAGCAGCAUUAACACAUUUCAAUUUGCGUUGAAGACUUUUACUCCAGGAACCCCUUUAAGCAGAAAGAGACGUGCAUCAACUUUUUACAGACCAAAAAAAAUCUUUAGAACUAGUAUUAUGAUUUUUUUUUUUUUUUUUACCCCUCCCCCACUUGCAUAAUAUGUAAACAUACAUAUAAUGACCAUACAUGAGGUAUUUAUACACUGUAGAUUUAAAAUAUGGAAAUUAUAUAGGGCUUUAUCAGAGUGCUAACUGAUUGUAAUUUGACAACAGUGCAUACCUCUAACAUUUCAAUUAGAAGCCCAAAUUAUAUAUUUCUCCAUUACCCUGGAGGUCCAGUUUCCUUGGAAGCUUUUCCUAUACUUCAUCCACUCUGAACAGGCCGUUCACCCGGAUGCACAGCUUUACCAGAGUAACUGUCACUGCUAUUCCUGGGCUCGUGCAGGAGGCUGUGCUGUGGCUGCUCAUUCCUGUAGUCUCACAAUAAAGAAGGAGAGCUUGUGCUGUGUAGCAGCUGACUGUUGGAGUCCCCCCUGCAUAAAACUGUUAAGCAUGCAGGAGGGAUAUACUCCAAAAGUGUACCUGUGACGGGUGUACUGCUGUGCCACGAUCACUUUCAUACAGUGCACUGCAGUAACUGUCUGCUGGGCAUUCUCAGACCCCUAGAAAGGUCUGCACUAGUGAAAUAGUUUGAAGCUUUGAACACUGCAAUCUCCAAACUACAAUCAUUUCUAAUAUGACUUGUAUACAAGUGGAUAAUUAACCUUAUUUAAAUCAAUCUAAAGUAAGGCAGACACGCGUGCCGGAGUACAGAUCUUGCCCAAGUUAAUGUGUAACAAGUUAAAGGUUUUGCAUCAUGGAUGUACAGAAGUAUGUAUGUGGAAUAUCUUUAACAGUGUCAUGAAUGCGAAUGAAUUCGACUGGGUUCUAGAAUGUUUUGUAAAAAUGGAAAUUAGAAGAGUUCCUACUGCAGGAAUCCUCUCAGCGGUGUCUGGAUGGUUUGGAACAUCUAAUCUCAGCGUUUUCUACUUCGUGCCCCUUCGCGCUCCCAGCUGCAGACUGAUGCUGCUGUCAGGCAUGUUAAUGGUAUCUACAUAGGUCAGCCUGGUUUGGCUAAAAGUUAAGCCGAUUGCAUUCGGAGGGUUGUUUCCACUUCAGCAUGUCCAUUUGCACCUUCGCCUGCCCUCUGUCCUCCACUGGCACUCCUGAUGACCUUUCCUACGGAAGCAGGCAAACCCUUUUUACUUUCAUUCCUGGAAUCUGCUGCUGUGUAAAAGCUGGCUUAUGGUAACAAGAGCACGGACUGUUCAAAUGAAUUCGUGCAGCUUUCAGCUGCUAGGACUUUAAAAAGAAGAAAAAAAAAACCCUUUCCUGAAACACUGCAUUGCACAAACAGAAUCUUUUUAUUCCAUACAAGGCACUGUAUGACUGAUUUUGUUCAUGUACAUUGUAUCUGUUGUCUUAUCAUGCUGAUUUAAUCCAUGAAAUAAAAAGUUAAAACAUUAAACCAC